AUGCUCGUGAUCGUUGAUAUUGACUUAUCUGAGGCUGUAGGUGGCGCGACACCAAUUGCAAGCAGCGCCAACGUAUUCGAAAAGGUCCAAGCUGCGAUCCCUGAGCUUGUGGAAGAGAUCAGCAAGCGUGGCUUGGGAAUGAAGAUGGUCUUUCGUGCCCCCGGGAAUGAAGCUAAAGUCAAUCAAUUCAACUGGGCUGGUGAGCACAGUUUCGGACAGGAACUUACCCCAGAAGACGACGAAGCAACAACGAGACAAAAGGUGGAAAAACAAGUUCGCAAGUUGACGUCAGAUUUCAAGUGGAACGAGGAUGGAAGUCUUGAGCUGACGCAGCAUAUUCCUGGUAUCCGCAGACUGCCCGCGAGCGGCAGGCCAGUCUGGUUCAACGGCCUGGUCGGACGCCAUGGUAUUACUCGAGACAUUGGUGCUCUCGACCCUCCUUACAUGGGCCGCGACGGAAUGACUUACCUUCCGAGUGUCUACGGAGACGAUAUUGAGAUCCCGCGCAGGCUUCUCGACAAGCUUAUUGGUGUGAUUGAUAAGGAGGAAAUUAGCCUGGUACUUGAAGAGGGAGAUCUCUUGUUAGUUGAUAACUUCCAAGUCUCCCACGGGAGAGAGCCGUGGGACGGCGACAGGCAGAUAUUGGUCUCGAUGUGGGACUCGCCAAUCCCAAUUGGCAAGUACUGA